AUGACCGCUGUUGUAAAUAUUUUGGGUAGCAACGGUAAAUUGCACCCAUGCCGUGCUUUUCUGGAUUGUGGGUCCCAGGCGCACCUGGUGACGAAAAAGUUGAUCAAUAUGUUGAAUCUACCGCGCCUUCCCGCAAAGGUCGAAAUUGCAAGAAAAACCACUCUUUCGGAAAUGGCCAAAAUUCAGAUUAGUUCCAAACAUUCUGAUUUUCAAGCACAGUUGGAUUGUCUCGUAACAGAUCGAAUCACAGGUGUGAUGCCGUCCCAACCUGAAGCGAUCACUCCAGCGCACUUCCUUAUAGGGCGUCCACUUACUGCCAUCCCGGAACCUACUUUAGAAGAGAUCCCAGUGAACCGUUUGUCCCGUUGGCAACAUCUACAGCAGAUGCGAGAUCAUUUUUGGAGACGCUGGUCCAGGGAGUAUUUGAAUACGCUACAAAACCGUAAAAAGUGGACAAAACAUUCGGAGAACGUCACCCCGGGAGUAGUGGUAUUAUUGAAGGAGGAUAACAUGCCACCUCAAACGUGGAAGCUUGGCAAAAUUGUGAAAGUAUAUCCUGGAGCCGAUUCCAUUGUUCGCGUGGCAGAUGUACAAACAGUCGCCGGUGUAUAUCGUCGUCCAGUAUCUAAAUUGGCCCCACUUCCAUUCGAGUCAAAUUACCCACAAUCCGACAACGCUUCUGAGCCUUCCCCGGGGGGUGAAUGUUCGCAACCAACAUUGCGAAAAUACAACUUUCCCAUCCCUCAAAGCCCAUAUUCCCGCUUCCCUUUUUGA